AUGGACCGUUAUGUAAUGAGAAAAAGAAAAGUAGAAACAUCUGAAAAUUCCGGUCAUCUUUCAGCCGCAAAAACACUACCAGAUGUGCAGACAAAACCCAGCACUUCGUCGAAACUUCCACAACAAAGUUCAUCGACUGAUUCCUUCAAUCCCACGGAUAUUGGCAAUUAUUUGGAUAUAUUAGCGACCGGAAAUAUUAGUGACGAUAUAAAAUACAAGCUUCUCACUGCUCCAACGAAACCUGAAAAAGGUUAUGUCUUUCCUACUUCCGAGCACAACAAGCGGGGACGGGUUGAACGCAGACAAGUGCACGAUAACCACUUCGAACAGUAUCCAUGGCUGGUGUUCUCCCAAGUUAAACAGGGGCUUUUUUGCAUCAACUGA